CCUUCAUCUGCUGCUGGUGGAGCACAGAUCCUAAGAAGAGAAUAAUAGCUGUUUGAAGAAAUCUAUUAUUUAUCAAAGAAAACUUAGGCAAUACUUAUGAUUAUCCACAUACUAGAAGUCUACCAAUUUCUGUUAAUAUAUGUAACUUUGUCAUUCUCCCAAUUUAGAACCCCAUUAUCUUUAUUGUGUAAUAGGGAUAAUUUAAGAACAAUGUUUUAAGACAGCUGAUGAUAAUUUUAAAACAAAAAAACUUCAGAUAAUGACUCAGCUCUUGCCCAGUCACAUAUGGCCAAUUAAAACAAUGCAUGAAUGAUUUAGGUUAAAAAAAAAUGUACUAUUGGCAAAAUGUGUUCUUGUGUAUGUAUUUGUAAUUUAACAUGCCUGAGUUUGAUAUGGAGCACAUGCUUUAUUAACUAGCAGUAGAUAUGUUUGAAUUAUUUAACUGUCAUAAUAGUGAUAUGUGUUAACUCUUAUUAUAUGGUGAAACAUAAAGGAAUAUGGUUCUAAGAGCAAAUCUGUUUAAUGAUCACUUACUAUUUAAGUGAUCAGUUAACAAGAUUAGAAAGGUACCUGUAGAGUGAGGACAGCUUUUACUAAUGUGAAGUAUAAUUUGUAUUUUUAAUGAUUGUUAAAAAUAGCAAUUAUUAGAUUCAUGUAAUCAUUUAUCUAUGCCAUAAAUAAACUGAAAAUUUUGAAUAUCUCUGGGUGUUAAAAAUAUUUUUGGCGAGGUGUGAGGGUAAGAAUUUCAGUUACAUAAAAAUUGUAAGUUGAUUUUCUCAUAUCUGGAUUUGAAUCAUAUUAGUAAUAGAUAACUAGAUAUAUUCUAGAACCAGUCAGUACCUAUUGGGUAAUGAAUGGGGGAGGGUUUACUCAGCAGUAUUCUCCUUUAGUUUGGUCAUGAAAUGAAGACUGCUUUAUGUAAAUUGUUCUUACUCGUGCCAGCUAGCUGUAACUGCAGUCUGGCUGUGCUAGGGCAGCAAAUAAUAUAUGUCAUGGAUUUUCUGUUUGGAAUAUAUAAGAAUUCAGCCUUUUGGACUGAAAGAACAGAGUCGAUACAUUACAAUAGGAGUGCUGAGACUUCCACAAUUGACAAUGAAUAUGUGGAAUAGUAAGAAGCUACAAGCCUUUUUAAGCUUUUCUGCUUUUAUAGGUUUGUGCCUAUUAAUACUACUGGGUAAUAUGUGGGAGGUACCUAACUGCACACAGUUGCUGCAGACCUAAUAGUUGGCAGCACAGAAAUCAGUACAAAAGAAUUCUGAUUCUAGGCAUCUUCACGUGCAACACUUCUUUGGAAGAUACACUUUGUGUGUUCUAUAAGCUUCAUUAACAUACUGUGUUGUUUUUUGACUUUUGCGGUUAAUGGGAUGUUUACUGCACAAGCUACACAAUAGAUGUGAGCCACUGUCUGAAAGGAUUUUAAUAUGUAGCCAAUCUACUAUAUCCUGUUUUUUAAUGAAUAACUCAUACAAGGAAUUUAGUCUCAAGAAUGCUGAUCUAGAAGUCUACAUUACCUUUUAAUGUUUAUACAAAUGAACUAAGUACAGUGGUUUACAGAAGAGGAAGUCCUUUUCACAAAAAUGUCAAGCUGUCCACAGGUAAGAGAUUCAGGUCAUUUUUCUGUGACACCCCUCCCAAUUCCCCUUGCCCUCCAGCCUUAUAUCUCUCAUCAUUGAGAAUUAUUUUUAUUUGGUUUUAGUUUUAGUAAUACCAGGAAUGGUGGAUUGUUUACUACUAAUUUUUAGUAGAUUUUUGAAUGCUAUUUUUGGACCUGUUCUUUUAAAAAAUAUUAUUUUCAUGUUUUCUAAUUUUCCUCAGGUUUGAAUUGAAAUGAGUUAACAGUAGGCUUCAUAUGUGAACACUGCUCAUGCAUAGACUAUGUCCAUACUACAUAGAAGUCAGUUUUAGAUCUCUCUUCAUUAUAAUGCUGUUACUGUGUUCUUUGAUGUAGUGACACCAACUGGUACAUAGAGCAGAGAACAUUUUAUAACCUUACUAAACCAUGAAGCUUAUUGUAAAUGUACCACUUUGAAUUCAUCAAAAUCACACUUUAUGUUUUCAUAAAUGGCUCAUUGACAUACAUUAGAUAAUGUAUAUUUAUAUGUAAAGUAGGGUCAAGUUUUCCAAUGCCACCCUUACCCUUUCCAUUUCCACAUAAUUAAAUUUAUCACCAUCUUAACAAAGUGAAUGUAACAGUCUGAAACUAAAAGAAUAUAUAAACUAGAAAUUCCAUUGGAUCUAAUAUUUUAUUUAUUAAGCCAGGUGAAGGGUGCCCAGGCAUUUGUUACAUUAUUCUUUUUUGUAUGUCUGGAAAUUACAGAAAAAUAAAAUAUCAUUGAAGUAAAAACAAAUAUUUAAUGUAAAAUGAACAUAUAACCAUUACUGUAAAGAAAAGAUUUAUGUUUAUAAAGAAAUGCAAGUUCGUGUUUCUAUCAGUAUCAGUAUGGCCAGUGAUAAAAUACAUUAUUGAUUUUUAUACUAUUUUGGAGGAGGUGAGUGUGGGGAGGUGAGUAAGUAGAGUGAAAUGAAGAGUGGUAGUGAGGCUAGCUUAGAGAACUAGACAAAGAAGGAGAUGCUACAUUAGGCAGUUCUGUGCUGUUGGUCUCCCUCUAAAACUUCAAGGUCUUUCUGCAACUUAAAAAUGUUAGUAGUAUAUGGGACUUAACAGUUCUCUAGAUUCUGAAAGGCAGUUGGUCAUGCCUCCCCUUGGUGUGGAGCAUACACAUAUCUAAAAUGGAAGUUUUCAGCCUUAUCUUGAGCAAUUGUUUAGGAGACUGUUGGGUUGAAAAGAUAGUUGAGACAAACUGACUGGCAGGUAAAGAGGCAAGGAAGGAGUUGUCAGACCAAAACAGAGGAAUUUAUUGAAUGCUAUUUGAGUUGGGGUUAUAGCAAAAAUAGAUGAGGGAAAGUAGAUCACAGGAAUAUUUAAUAAUAUAUGGACAUGUAAAAAAGGAAGCUCCUAAGACAAAGAAUAAGAUGUGUAAUCUUUGAAACUAUUGAAGUUGAAUGUGAAUGAUCCAAAAAAUCUUAUUUUUUGGCUUUUGUGUUCCUCUUAGGCAGUAAAAUUUGUUUGGCAAACAAUGUAGAAUUACAGACUCUUCAAAGUGAAAUGGACCUGAGUGGUUCUAACCUUAAACUUUGCACAGGAAUCUACUAUUUGGUAUUCCGACAGAUUCAAAAUGGAUAGUAUAGAAGAACCCCAGAGAAAAGUCUUUAAGGCUCGAAAAACAAUGAGAGUGAGUGAUCGUCAACAGCUUGAAGCAGUGUACAAGGUCAAAGAAGAACUGUUGAAAACUGAUGUCAAGCUAUUAAAUGGCAACCAUGAAAAUGGAGACUUGGACCCAACCUCACCUUUGGAAAAUACUGAUUAUAUUAAUGACAAGGAAGAGGUGAAUGGUAUUGAAGAGCUUUGUUUUGACCCUGAAAAAAGUAAAUCAGAAUGGAAAGAAACACCCUGUUCCUUAAAUGUAAAUGUGAAAAACAAGCAGGGUGAUGAUUUAAAGUAUGGACCUUUGUCUUCUAAUAAUGCAACUCCUGAACUAGUCUCCAGAGUGACUGCUGAACAAGCUUCUGGUGACCUGGCUACUGGAGAUCUGACCUCUGGUGAUUUGGCUUCUGAAGAUGUGGCUUCUGAAGUAUUAACCUCUGGUGAUCCUGUCUCUAGUGAUCUCACCUCUGGUGAUCCUGUCUCUAGUGAUCUCACCUCUGGUGAUCCUGUCUCUGGUGAUCUCACCUCUGGUGAUCCUGUCUCUGGUGAUCCCAUCUCUGGUGAACCAGUCUCUGGUGAACUGGACACUGGUGAACUGAUUUCUGGCAAAACAGUUUCUGAACCAUGCUCUGGUGAACUGGUCUCUACUGAACUGGUACCUGAUGAACCAGUCUCCAGUGUUCCAGCCUCUGGUGAUCCAGCCUCUGGUGAUCUGGCCUCUGGAGCUCUGGUCUCUGGUGAUGUGACUCCUGAUAAUCCAGUGUCUGAUGAACUGACUUCUGAUGAGCCAACUUCUGGAUCAGCAUUUGAUUCCACUUUUGAACCAAGUUCUCUACCAGUUUGUGAAUCAGUUCCUGAAACUGACAGUACAGAGCCUAAUAGCAAUAAAGGUGAUGAACUUGAAACAAAUGGGGAUGAUGCAAAGUCUGAUGAGAAAAAUAAGGUUGAUAGUAAUAUCGAUGCUGAUGAAGAAACUCCAGAAACAGUUGACAAAAUUAUUUGUUCAGAUAUGCCUCCUGAAAAUGAUAAGAAGGUAGAGGAAAAUACUGUCACAGAACCUGCCCUUAGAGAGGAGGCUAUAUCUAGCAGUAUGGAAAUUGACCAAAGUGAAAAGAAAGAAGAUGAAAAUUCUGCAGACUUUACAGAAACCAUUAGUGAAAAAGUUAUAAAAGAUGACAAAAGUGAGGGUAUCUUAGAAAAUACAGAUUCAAUGGAGACAGAUGAAAUCAUUCCUAUUUUGGAAAAGCUUGCACCUGCUGAAGAUGAACUUAUUUGCUUUUCUAAAACUUCUCUCCUUCCAAUGGAUGAGACAAAUCCAGAUUUGGAGGAGAAGAUGGAAGGUUCUUUUGGUUCACCAUCUAAACAAGAAAGUAGUGAGAGUUUGCCCAAAGAAGCCUUUUUGGUCCUCUCUGAUGAAGAGGAUAUUUCCGGUGAAAAAGAUGAGUCUGAAGUUACAUCCCCAAAUGAUACGUAUUUUCCAGCAGAAGAAGAAAGUAAUGAAAAGGACCACAAACCUGAAGAAGAGCAAGCAGUUCAUGAUGAAAGACCUGAGAAAAGUGAAUUUUCCAGAAGAAAACGUUCUAAAUCAGAGGACAUGGACAAUGUACAGUCCAAACGCCGUCGAUACAUGGAAGAAGAAUAUGAGGCAGAAUUUCAAGUAAAGAUUACAGCCAAAGGAGAUAUUAACCAGAAGCUACAAAAGGUUAUACGCUGGUUGCUGGAAGAAAAAAUAUGUUCUCUACAGUGUCAUGUAUUUGAUAAGACUUUGGCAGAAUUGAAAACACGAGUGGAAAAGAUUGAAUGUAACAAGAGGCAUAAAACAGUUCUUACUGAACUACAGGCCAAGAUCGCCAGGUUAACCAAACGCUUUGGAGCAGCCAAAGAAGAUCUUAAGAAAAGACAAGAAAAUCCACCAAAUCCGCCUAUGUCACCAGGGAAGUCUGCAGUUGAUGUCAACAGCAAUAACAACGUGCCCUACAGAAAUGCAAGCACAGUGAGACAGAUGCUGGAGUCCAAAAGGAAUGUAAGUGAGAGUGCACCGCCAUCCUUUCAAACCCCUGUGAAUACAGUAUCUUCAACCAGUCUUGUCACUCCUCCAACAGUUGUCAGUAGUCAACCUAAAUUGCAGACUCCGGUGACUUCGGGUUCUCUGACAGCAACAUCAGUUCUUCCUGCACCCAACACCGCUACGGUAGUUGCUACUACUCAGGUGCCUAGUGGAAAUCCCCAACCUACAAUCUCUUUACAACCUUUACCAGUGAUUUUGCAUGUACCUGUUGCGGUAUCCUCCCAGCCUCAGCUCCUACAGAGCCAUCCAGGGACUUUAGUGACUAAUCAACCAUCUGGCAACGUUGAAUUCAUUUCUGUACAGAGCCCACCUACAGUGAGUGGACUUACCAAAAAUCCAGUAUCCUUGCCUUCCUUGCCAAACCCCACUAAACCAAACAACAUUCCUUCUGUACCCAGUCCUAGUAUUCAGAGGAACUCUCCUGCCAGUGCUGCACCAUUAGGAACAACACUUGCUGUACAGGCUGUUCCAACAGCACACUCUAUUGUACAAGCCACAAGGACUUCUUUACCUGCAGUAGGCCCAUCAGGACUCUACAGUACAUCAAGUAAUCGAGGUCCUAUACAGAUGAAAAUUCCAAUUUCUGCUUUUAGUACUUCGUCUCCUGCAGAACAGAGCAGCACUACUAUCCCAAGAAUUGAAAACCAGACAAACAAAACAGUAGAUGCUUCUGUUAAUAAGAAAGCAGCUGAUAGCACAUCACAGAGUGGAAAAGCCACAGGUAACGAUUCAGGUGGUGUCAUUGAUCUCACAAUGGAUGAUGAAGAGAAUGGAGCUUCACAAGAUCCUAAAAAGCUAAGUCACACUCCUGCAUCAGCUAUGGGCUCUUCACAACCUGCGUCUCGACAGUUGCAGCCCAUCCAGCCGGCACUGCCUCUCCAGCCCUCUGGGGUGCCGACAAGCGGGCCGUCUCAGACGACCAUACACUUGCUGCCCACAGCUCCAACUACUGUGAAUGUAACACAUCGUCCAAUAACUCAGGUGACCACAAGACUUCCUGUACCAAGAGCUCCUGCAAACCACCAAGUGGUUUAUACAACUCUCCCAGCACCGCCAGCUCAGGCUCCCCUGCGAGGAGCAGUUAUGCAGGCCCCUGCUGUUCGGCAGGUCAAUCCCCAAAAUAGUGUCACAGUUCGAGUGCCUCAAACAGCCACAUAUGUUGUAAACAACGGACUAACCCUGGGAUCCACAGGACCUCAGCUCACAGUGCAUCACCGCCCACCGCAAGUGCAUACCGAGCCCCCACGCCCUGUGCACCCAGCACCCUUACCAGAAGCCCCCCAACCACAGCGUCUGCCCCCAGAAGCUGCCAACACAUCUCUGCCUCAGAAGCCACACUUGAAGUUAGCACGAGUUCAGAGUCAAAACGGCAUCGUACUGUCGUGGAGUGUCCUGGAGGUGGAUCGAGGCUGUGCCGCCGUCGACAGCUACCAUCUCUACGCUUACCACGAGGAACCCAGUGCCACUGUGCCCUCGCAGUGGAAAAAGAUCGGGGAAGUAAAGGCACUUCCCUUGCCCAUGGCAUGCACUCUCACCCAGUUUGUCUCUGGCAGCAAGUACUAUUUUGCAGUACGAGCCAAGGAUAUUUAUGGACGAUUUGGACCUUUCUGUGAUCCUCAGUCAACGGAUGUAAUCUCUUCUUCCCAGAGCAGUUAAACCUUGGAGCCUUUAUCUCUCCCUCUUUCAGAAGUUCCACUUUUUUGGUCUUCUUUUAAUCUUGUGCAUGAUAUCCACUGUAAAAUCCACAUUGUGCAAGAUUUCUUGGACAGAUGUGUAUAUACACUACAUUUGUUUAUAAUCAGAAGUAAAAUAAACAGUCCAUAAAGCAAGAAUCUUUUCCUGGCUUCAAGGUUUUGAAAUGUAAAUGUGCACCUUGCUUUGGUUUUAAGGCUGGGAAAUAUAUGUAGGUAUUUGUGUGUGUGUUUUCCCUAUUUAUGUAUUAAUUGCAGUGGAAUCUUCCAUUUUCACUCUCAAAUUUGCCUCUCUUCCAGUAUGAAGUAAGAAGGUCAAAGAUCUGAGCUAUGUAACUGGCUUGAUUCUGCUUCUAAGGGAUCUGUAGGUUCAUAGUUAAAUAUUUCAACUAAAUCUAAACAAAACCCAAAGAAAGAAAGAAGCAAAAUGGUUAACUAAUUUAAAAUAGGUUAAUUUGAAAACAAAAAAGGAUCUGUUCUUCUUUUCUUAUAGGUUGUUAUUUAGCAAAAAAGUUCUGCAGUGGCCCCUUCCUUUCCUGGCCUGGCUUUUACAUUCAUUUUGUGCCUUAAAGGAUUAACUACAAAAAUUAUCACGGCCGUGUGUCUCUUGUUUCAGCCUUCACCCUUCAUUUCUCCGUCAUCUCCACCAACACAGCACACUCCCCUCAAGUAAACUUUAAGCCAAGGCUUUUGUGUAUUAUUCCCGUCAGUGGUAUCACUUACAUUUAACUCCAAUGACUGGCUAUUUUCUCCUAAGAAUGUGAGUGUUUUUAAUUUUGCUUAAUUUAAAUUAACUCUGUGUAAAGUGGACCAAGAGAAGACCAUAUUGGUAAGAAAAUUUUGCUCCAAAAAUACUUCAGAAUAUAUAUUGCACAUUGUUAGAGAUUAUGAAAGCAAUUCUACUUCACUUUAUCACCCAGAGCAUAGUAUUCUCUCAACGGAAGUAAACAGUGAAAUUCUUAAAAUAGUGAGCUAAACUAUCAAAGGGAAAGUUCCCAUUUCCUCUUUGUCCUUUAUCAUUCUUCUUGUUUUAAGCUUUUAACUUUGUUUUGAUGUGCCAAGUUUUGUCUGAUUUACCCUAUUGUCAGCUUUGGAUAGAAUUUAAAGCAUACCCUUUAGGGUCAUGGUAUUUAACAGUUAGAUAAAACUUCCUGUACCCCUUCAAAGUUAAUGAAGUUCGGCUUAGUUCAUGAAUUUUCAAAAUGCUUGCCAGCUUUACUGGUCUCAGCAAGGGUUUCUAGAUAGUUUAGGGCAGGACAGCUGGUGUAAGUUUGGGGCAAGAGUGUGGUUGGGACUACUUUGAGAAUUCAUGGAGUUUGUGUAAUAGUUUUUCAAGUUCUCUUCACAUACCCUAUUUGAAUUCAUACUCCUCCCUUCUCAAAAUAAAUCAUUCAUUCAUUUUUCCUGGAAUUACAGGAGGGAGCCAUCCCUUCUAUUGCUGCUGCUUUGUUUGCAACUUUGAUAGCUUGUAGUAGGAAGCAUUCUAGUUAUAAAGAAACUAUCCAGAGACUUUAUUGAUCAGUGUCCUGUCACAUUAGGCGUGAUGUUUGAUGCUCAAGAAGGCCCACAGAUUGCCAAAAUGUGAAUGCUCCAAAACCUUCCUUUCACUUUCAGAAAAUAAGACCAUGUUGAAAAUUAAAGUUUCUAUGAGUCAAAUUUGCCAGCCAAUUAUGUAGAUGUUACUCCUUCUAGGACUAAUGAUGAUGGUAAAGAAUUUGCCAGUGUCAUGCCAAUGAAAAUUUUAUGAGAAAUUGAUGAUCUUCUAGAUGUAAAUGAACAUCUGUCUGUAUCUGCAUGUAUAUAUGUUUAUACCUGCAGUAUAAACUGCAGUUUGUUUAUAACAUUUGCAAUGGUUGCGGUGUUGAUUAUAUAUGUUCAAGAGCAUUCCUGUCUACGGAAUAGAAAGCCCAUGUUUGAAAUUGUUCUUUCUUGGCUGGUUUUUAUGGUCACGUGGUAACCUACCAGCCUAGGAAAGGUUCCCUUGGUGAACAGUCGUAUUUAUAAUUCACUAAUCCUCGUUUUGUGUUUUCUUUUUUUUAACCUUUCAUUUCAUAGCAUUACAUAAUCAGGUGAAGAAAGCCCAGUAGAAAGAAAAUAUUAUUUUAGCUUAUAUUGUGUAUUUUCUGUCAAAGGAAAACAAUUCUCAAAUAGUAGCCCUAAGAAUAGAUUUACUACAUUAAAGUAAAACUUUCAUUUCAGAUGGUGGAAGGAAGGUACAAAGAGAAAUUCUAAUUAUUUGAGGAAAAAGUCUAAGGUGGUCUCAAAUUAGCUUGCCAUGGGAUUUAUAAAGAACAGCUAUAUUGGAUUUACUGAAAGGAACUAAGGCUUGAACUCUAGGCUUUUAUUUCCAGCAGAUUUUAAUGUUGAUGAGCUCUGGCUUUUUGUUUGGUUUUUGUUUUGGGAGAGAAAAGGGAGGCUCACCUAGAAGUGGCCCCUGAUGACAGACUUUUUGUAGCAGUUCACACUCCAUGGCACCUUUUUUAUUUCAUGGUACCUUUUCACAAAAGUAUUACAAAUAAGCUUGAUUAGCCCAUUUUGGGAAUGCAGGUCCUACAUUUUCAGCCUGACAAUACUUGUAUGUAAGUAUUGCCUUAUUGGAAAUCCUGGAAACUUCUGAUAUUUGAACUUAAAAUGUAGGAUGUUUAUAUGGCACUCAAAAGUAAUGAUGUUUGUUACUCUCCACUUUGCACAUUGGCAGAGUCAUUUUCAGCCCAUUUUAAGUGUGAGCAAGCCUCUUUUGAAAAUUAUGUUCUUGCCAGUAAACUUGUAAAUUACAAAGACAGCAUCUGUUGUAAACAGCUUUAUGAGAUAACUAUCCACUUUUCUGGACUCCCUUUUUAAAACAUGCAGAAUACUGUGUACUGUUGAAAACAGAAGUUCAUGAAAGAAGCAAAGAGUAGAGCUUUCUUCCUUGAAAAGUGGAUAGUUAUUAAGAUACCAUUUGCCUCACAGAGGUGUUCCACACUCUCCCCACCCUUAUUGCUGGAUAAUAAACGAAAGGUUUAAUUGAAAAAAAUGACCUGGAGCAAGGAGCUCGGGAUCUUAAGUAUAUCUACAGAACUUCGUAGGCAGGCUGCACCGUAGUUCUCUUACUGCAUUGGGUAAGCAUUAACUUAGGUUUUGUUGUUUGCUCUUUAACUUAUAUUUUCCAAACUAUCGUUUUUAUGAGCAAGGUGAGUGUUCCUGUUGCAUGAUAUGCAUUUGUCUUGUUCCACGAAUUCUCCAGUACUGUACAAGGUUAACAGAAUAAUGCCUGUGGUAUCCUCCUCUCUCACUUUCAUACACUGUGAUCUUAACACAGUUGAGUGCUGCGAAGACCUUCCAAGUGUUCUCCCUGAUUUUCCUUCCUGGGCUGUUUGAGUGUCCUGUGAUGUUAUUUCAUUUUAUGAUUGACCAAUAAUUGUUUUAUUCUAAUUUUCAGAAAAAACAUGUCCCAGUAUUAGAUUAUGGCAAAUAAGUCUAUCUAAAAACAAUGUUUGAUUCUGCCUGCCUUACUAUUUACUGGGCAAAUGAUGCCCUCCCUCCCCGACCCAUGCCAUUUUUAAGUUGGGUGGGGGGGGGAAGAUUCUCAUGAGGUGUUUUGUCAGUGUGGCAGACUUAGAUCUAAUUCCUCAAACUUUUUCCCCUUGAGCCAGCCAGUGGGGAGAGUAGGAUGGUACAAACACGUUUUGUCUUCUCCAAAUAGUUUUAUCAUGCUAAAUAAUUUUCAUUUUUUUUAAUUUGUAGAGUCAGCUAAGUACCCAUCAUUUAUAUUUAAAUGCUGCCCUUUUUUAAAAAGUUUUAUUUGUAAAUAAGGUAACUGGGCAACCAAACACCUUUUGGGAAUCCUGGCUUUAGUAUUUUAUCAGCCAUUUCAAAUUUAAAUAUAAAAAUAAAUCCUUUGUGGGACACUUGCUUCGUGGUUUUUCUUUAUUGCUGUUGAGUGUAAAUAAUAAAGACAAUGUAAAACCUUCCUAAUGUCUGAUAUAAACUGGGCUAUAGCAGGUUGCCCUAUUUUUAUUAGGUUUCGAAGGUUUUUGUGGGAUUUUUCUUUCUUAAAUGUACAGUAGAGUGGUGUCUGUAUAAGUGUUAACUGUAGUGGGAUUUUGUCCAGCAAGCCUGAGAUUUAUACUUUGAAAUAAACUACUGGGUUUUUAACAUUC